UCAACUGUCAACAGCCGCCGCUUGGAGCAGACAGUGCGGUUCGCGUUGGUCGCUAUGGCGGCUUUGAGCAAACUCCUGGAAACGAGCCUGCCGUAUUUCUGCUACGAGAUCGCACACCCAUGGGAGCCCUCGUGUACGGCCAGUUGGGUGGCCAUGUUCGCCGAUACGUUUACCAACUCCUUCAAACUCUAUGCCCUGCUGUAUCUGCUGGGUCAGCUCGUGGGGCGCAAGGCGACUGCCAAGGCGUUUGCUGAGACUCUGCUGAACACAGUGCGGUCAGCGUCGUUCCUCAGCUACAACGUCAUGCUCUUCAUGUUCUUCAUCUGUUUCCUCAGGUGGUAUGUCGGUAAACUGUACCUACAGAACUCUACCUUCUUUGCCGGCCUUGCCUCUGGCUUUUUCUCCAUAUUUGUGGAGCAUCCCAGCAGGCGGCGUGUGCUCUCGGUCUAUAUGCUAAACCAGUGCUCGGAGAUCAUCUACAACGUGCUACGGAGCCGCAACAUGGUCAUGGAGAUUCCCCAUGGGGAGGUCCUCAUGUUCGCGCUGAGUAUGGGAGCGUUUCUGUACUGCAUGCGGCUGGACAAUCGCCUUAGGGAUCCUGUCUGCAAGGUGCUCAGGCUACUCAUGGGAAAAGAAGAGUUCCUUCCCCCUCCAGACACGGGCGACUCGGAGGACAACAUCCAGCCCUGCCACCAUGACGGUGGCUGUCUGAUGCACACGGCAAAGGGAAGUGCACUGCCAUUCCUGGGCGGUUACAGCGUGCGGGCGCUGUUGCUGCUGCUGGGCCGUCGCCUUCGCAGGAGGCCCUGGCUGGCCCUGAUCCACCGGGCCCCGUGGGGGCAAGGGCUCUUUCUCGGAGGGGCCGUGGCCCUCUUUCGGGGGUCGCGUUGUCUGCUGCGUCAGGUCUGUGGCCACGAGAGCCCCUGGCAAGUCUUGGCUGGCGGAUUGCUGGCCGGGCUUAGCAUGGCUGCCAGCCCCAACUCUACCCUGGCCCUCUACAUGGCCUGGAAGCUAGUAGAGGUGCUCUACUGCCGGGCUGCAAAACAGGGCUGUGUGCCCACAGUUCCCUGGGGACCAGAAAUGCUGUUUGCUCUAGGCACGGGAGUCAUGAUGUCCUGCGCUGUCGUGGAACCGCACAACAUGCGCCCGUCCUAUGCCAAGUUUCUCAACAAUGUGACUGGGGACCGACUCCGGCAGGUGAACCGCCACCCGUUGGAGAUACUGGGCUUCCACUGUUCGUCCAUCUACCCGGACUACUUCCCCAAGUUGGACCAGCGCCACGUCUCUCGAAGCUUCGUCGAGCGCGUGCUCGUGUGGAGCUGAUGUUGCCUCAAACUUAUAAAACUAUUGUAUUUUGUGUUUACUUGCACCCCCCUCCUCUGCCUGAACCUUCACGCGGACCCUAUGCCACGCAUUGUUGAGCACGCCCCGCAAGUUCCAGACGCCCUCGGCGUUCUCGGGCUGCGCAUUGUAUGACGAGUCCACGGCCUUGCAGACGAGCUGGAGCUCCGCAGUUCCGGGGGGCACUUCUAGGUCCACCUGCACGGAAGGUAGCGUGGUUCAUCUCCGUUCUAGGAGCACGCGAGGGGAAUGCAUUUCGUUUCAGCUAGAGCCACUCGAUUGCUCCCACAGUACCACGUUUGAUGGCACCUGCCCGAACUGGGGGAUCGAGCUUUCCGGUUGGCUGAUGCAAGCAGUCUUAAAGUGGCGGGCGGGGGGAGUUCUAUACAGAUUGGAAAUAUGACCUUGUUUUUUUGCUAAGGCUUCCCAUACCAAGUAGUCCGUAUUCUAUAUAGUCUGCGAGGGCAUGGGAACAGUAGCGUGUCUUUCAAAUAACCAUGCUUUGGCACAUGUUUUGUGCCUUGCCUGCACACGCACGCUCGAGGCUUAUGAGAUGCCGAAAGUCAUCUAAGGUGGGAACACUGAAAUUCCUCCCUCCCAUUCUAUACACCUUUCCAAGAAACACUCGGCCCCAGGGACAAGGGAACCUUUUUCGAGCUUACUCGCUGGGUUCGAGGCUAGUCUCUCACCGGAGUCCCUGCUUACCCUAACCGAGUGGACUGUCGAUUUUGAUAGGCACAGCCUGCGUAGGGGCAAUUUCAGGCAUUUACUGGUGGCUAAACUCUCGCCUUUUCCCACUGUAUUUUGCGUUUCAUUGUGUAUGCAUUUUCCUGAAGACAUUGAGAAAGCAGAAAAUGAAAACCAUUGUUUGGGGGUAUAUGUGCAACAGAGCAAAUACAACUGGAAUGUUUGUGUUAUUUUACGAGUUAUUAACAUUAUUAAUAUAAAUACUCCUUUAAGUCCUACAGGUAUAGUUACAAAAUUGUCUGCCGUGUCAAUCAACAAAGCACUUAGCUGUCAAAAAUGAUUUACAAUGGAAUAUAGCCGAAAGGCAUGCAUAUUUUAUGCACAUAAAUACAGUAGGCCUCAUAUUUCAUACUUCAACAAAUUUCAAAAUUUGGGUUGUCCUCCCAUGUUUUCAAUGUAUUCAUAAGCCACUUAGUUCGAAUGGCGUUUUCGUGCAAUUCAUACUUGUUCUCGCGGCCCCAUUGAGCACGCUUCUUUCUGAGCACCAGUCCACUGUGGAAAAGCAAGCUUCCGCUGGUGUUGCUUCUCUACAGUGCACUGGUGCUCGGUAAGAAGCACGCUCAACAGGGCUAAAGUAGGGGACACAUGUGCGACAAAAAUGGGCGCCGCGCGGCAGUUCCUGGACUUUGUGACGUGGCGGCAUGGCACAAGUCCAUGUCCCAGCGUCCGCACAAGUUGUUAUGGAAACUGCCGUGUGGCGCCCGCUUUCAUCACUCGUGUAUCCCCAAUAAACCUUUUGCAGGAUGAAUAAACUUAGCUUUGUUUUGAGGUGUCGUAUACUGUCUAAACAGUCAACAAUAAACAACAUUUUUGAGUGAUUAGUAGGCCUGUGUGGAGGAAAUCAUUGAAUAUCAGCUUUGUAUGUAUAGUCAUCCGUAUAGGAAAUUAUGAUUUAUCUUGCAUCAUAUUUAGAUGAAUUUGUGGUAAUUCAAACUUAAGGCAAUUCAAACGAAAUUCAUAGCUUUCUAGAGUUUGAAAUAAUGAGAUUCUACUGUAACGUGAUUACAGAUCUACACGACGGGACUUGUACAUGAAAUUUAGGAAGUGUCAACAUUCGAACAAUAAAAUGUAUGUACCACAUGGUACAGAGUUGUC